CUGGAGCUUUGACUCUCAGGACUUCCCAUUGGAGGCCGACGGAUCCCACCGUGGAGGAUAGGAAUGAUCUUCCUUAGGGGUUUAGAUCGGUGGAUAAGGUCUCCCCUUGCUCUUCUGCACCUCUGGGCUGGUUUGUGAGGACAUCUCAAUCACCGGGAGAAGAGAGAUGGAAGUUUGGGAGCUCUGUUCUGGUUGAGAGGGGUCGGGAAGGAGAAGACAGGUGGAAACGUGAGUGCUCGUGACAGUCACCUCCCGGCCAAGUGUUUGUGGAUUGAGUGGGAGGGAUAGAACUGGAUGAGCUUUGAGGUCUCUUCCAACCCAUUCCAUGAUUCUACACCACCUCCACCACACAGGGAUUCCCACGGGACCCAACAUGGCCAUUGCCACCACGGAGGUGCUCAGGGGGUUCCACUUGGGCUGAAAAUAAGCCAGGAACCACGGGAGAACCGGCAGUGAUGGGAUCCCCCUCAUUCCCAUUGUGGUUUUGAGGACAUCUCAAUCACCGGGAGAAGAGAGAUGGAAGUUUGGGAGCUCUGUUCUGGUUGAGAGGGGUCGGGAAGGAGAAGACAGGUGGAAACGCGAGUGCUCGUGACUUCUCAAGGGGUCUUCUGGAGCUUUGACUCUCAGGACUUCCCAUCGGAGGCCGAUGGAUCCCACCGUGGAGGAUAGGAAUGAUCUUCCUUAGGGGUUUAGAUCGGUGGAUAAGGUCUCCCCUUGCUCUUCUGCGCCUCUGAGCUGGUUUGUGAGGACAUCUCAAUCACCGGGAGAAGAGAGAUGGAAGUUUGGGAGCUCUGUUCUGGUUGAGAGGGGUCGGGAAGGAGAAGACAGGUGGAAACACGAGUGCUCAUGACAGUCACCUCCCGGCCAAGUGUUUGUGGAUUGAGUGGGAGGGAUAGAACUGGAUGAGCUUUGAGGUCUCUUCCAACCCAUUCCAUGAUUCUACACCACCUCCACCACACAGGGAUUCCCACGGGACCCAACAUGGCCAUUGCCACCACGGAGGUGCUCAGGGGGGUUCCACUUGGGCUGAAAAUGAUGUGUGAACACACAUUUUUUGGCUCACGUCGAGCUUCUCAGCACCCCAAGUUCUUCUCCUCGGGGCUGUUCUCAAUCCCUUCACCCCUGAACCUGUAUUGAAACUGUUGGGUUGCCCCGAGCCACACGUAGGACCCUCCUUUUGACCUUGUUGAACCUCAUGAGGUUCACACAGACCCACUUCUCCACCUUCUCCAGGUCCCUCUGGAUGACGUUGUCAUCAUAAUGCAAUCAACACCAUCUCCCGUCACCCCAAUCCACCCUCUUCACACCACCCCCCAAAACUCUCCCACCGUUAAAUUGCUACUGAGACACCUUCAGAGUCGACGUGAGAUCUUCUCCCACCAAUCAGGAGUGGGAAAUGACGUGAAUAAAGCCACUCAAGCUCCACCCAGACCCCACCUUAAAGGUGUGACUCCUUAUAGGAAUGGAAAGCGAAGGAGAAAACUCAAGAGAAGAACUCAUGGAAACUUUCCAGAAGCAGUCGAAGGUCUGAAUUGUGUCUUCUCACCCACUCGGAUGCCGCUGGGUCAGGUCCAUGAUCAUCCCACGCGUGCAACUGCGGAGAUGGAGCAGAGAAGAAGACUUUUGUUGAUGGUGGCUCUCCUCACAGCCGUCCCUUGCUCAGAUACUUUUGAGGUCACCUCUCCCCAGAACGUAGUGGGCGUCGUCAACCAGGACGCAAUCCUCCCUUGCCGCGUCUCUUCCGCGAAGCCGCUGGAGAACGUUCAAGUGCAGUGGAAGAAAAUCACAGGCGGGCGCUUAGAGGUCAUCCACACGCCAGGGCAGCUUGGAGGCCGUCAAACCUUGAAGUACCUCGGGAGGACAUCGUUGCCAAGGGAUGGAUUUGCCACUGGGAACGUAUCCCUAACGCUGAAGAACGUCCAACCAGAAGAUGAAGGAACGUACAGCUGCGUCGUUACGUCCAGGGAUGGGAGCGCUGCUACAACCACUGACCUCAACGUUGCAGGUAGCGGUGAAAUAGUCUUUGAAGUCCUGGGCCCCAAAGGUCAAGGUCUCGAGCUUGCCUGCCGAUCAGAGGGUUGGUUCCCCGAGCCUACCGUCCAAUGGGUUACCCAGGAGGAGCAGAAGCUCUCUGCGGACACCACCGUGCAGCAGAACAGCAGCCGACUCUUCAGCGUGCUGAGCCGAGUCACGGUCACGCAAGGGCAAGGGGAAGAAGUCACCUGUCGGAUCCUCAACCCCCUGAUGCCGACCGAGAAGAAAACUACUCUGCGCCUCUCAAGUUCUGUUUUUCCACGGCAGUCACCGUGGUUUCCAUCCUUCUGGACGGUCUUCACUCUGUUUCUUGUCACCACGGCUGUGGGCGCCGUUCGGGUCUAUAGAGGUUGUCGGAAAACCGCCAUGGAUACAGAUGAUGACCUGGUGGAGUCCGCGUGUGGGACGCUGAUAAACGAACUAGGGGGCAGAAGCGAUCCAAGGCACGUUGAGCCCAUCAACGUGGACGAAACACCGAGGCCCUCCGAGCUUUUCAAGCCCUUUGACCGCGGAAGAGACACUUUCGUGCACUACGCCCGGAGAAAUUCCAUCAGCGAGUUCCAACUCUCCUACGUGAGGGUGACCUCUGAGCCUGUGGACUAUUACAGCGGGAUGAAGAUGUCGCCGGUCUGUGAUGAUGAGGAACAUCCCUACCUUGGUGAGGAACAUCCCUACCUUGAUGAGGAACGUCCCUACCUUGAUGAGGAACAUCCCUACCUUGAUGAGGAACAUCCCUACCUUGAUGAGGAACAUCCCUACCUUGGUGAGGAACAUCCCUACCUUGGUGAGGAACAUCCCUACCUUGGUGAGGAACAUCCCUACCUUGAUGAGGAACAUCCCUACCUUGAUGAGGAACAUCCCUACCUUGGUGUGGAACAUCCCUACCUUGAUGAGGAACAUCCCUACCUUGGUGAGGAACAUCCCUACCUUGAUGAGGAACAUCCCUACCUUGAUGAGGAACAUCCCUACCUUGAUGAGGAACAUCCCUACCUUGAUGAGGAACAUCCCUACCUUGAUGAGGAACAUCCCUACCUUGGUGAGGAACAUCCCUACCUUGAUGAGGAACAUCCCUACCUUGAUGAGGAACAUCCCUACCUUGGUGAGGAACAUCCCUACCUUGAUGAGAAACAUCCCUACCUUGAUGAGGAACAUCCCUACCUUGGUGAGGAACAUCCCUACCUUGAUGAGAAACAUCCCUACCUUGAUGAGGAACAUCCCUACCUUGAUGAGAAACAUCCCUACCUUGAUGAGGAACAUCCCUACCUUGAUGAGGAACAUCCCUACCUUGAUGAGGAACAUCCCUACCUUGAUGAGAAACAUCCCUACCUUGAUGAGGAACAUCCCUACCUUGAUGAGGAACAUCCCUACCUUGAUGAGAAACAUCCCUACCUUGGUGAGGAACAUCCCUACCUUGAUGAGGAACAUCCCUACCUUGAUGAGGAACAUCACUACCUUGAUGAGGAACAUCCCUACCUUCUUCCAGCUAGGAAUAUUGAGAAGCCAGAAGGUCAAUUCAUUCGCUCUCCUCACAGUUCCGUCGUUGGAGUCAUUGGAGAAGGGAUCAUUCUGCCCUGCCACGUGGUCGCAGAGAACAUCCCCGAGGAGUUCUCUGUCCAGUGGGUGUUUCACGAAGAGCCUCAAGAAAUAACGGUGAGCAGAUACGAUGGGAGAACCAAAAAGGAGGAACAAGAUGAGAAAUACCGAGGAAGAGCAGAAUUCUUCCGCCGUGAAUUUAGAGCUGGCAACAUGUCACUGCACUUGAAGAACGUCAGGAGCUCCGAUGAAGGAUCGUACACUUGUGUGGUCUCUUUCAACGGCACAAACCAUGAUGGGUUGAUCGAGCUGCGAGUGGGAGCUACAGGUGCCGUGCCUUCCAUUUUCCUGAGGAGCCACAUGAAAGAAGGCAUUGACCUCACCUGCCGCACAGCUGGAUGGCUUCCUAAACCUGAGGUGGUCUGGUUGGAUGGCCAAGGACAGGUCCAGAAGGAGCGGUCAACCACAAAGGUGACAAAGAUGCCUGCGGGACUAUACAGUGUGGUAACCUCCAUGAACCUCAAAGCGGGCUCCGACGUGGAAGUCUCCUGCAGGAUAGUCAACCGUUUGCUAAACACCACCAGCGAGUCCCGCAUCCUCAUCUCAGCUAUUUUCUUUCCCUCUAUUUCAAAGUGGUUGAUUUUCUUCCUGGUAAUUUUAUGCCUUAGCAUGGUCCUGAUUUUCGCCGUGAUUUCUAAAGUGAGAAGUAAUCGCAAGAAAACCAUUAAGACAGUGAAAGCAAAGGUGGAACUGGAAGAAGGGAGGAACAAACUGAAGUCGAUGCUAGAAGGAGACAAAAGCAAAAACCGAGCAGCCAAGUCCAAACUCAAGAAACGCUUUGGUCAACUGAAAGCAGAGCUGGAAUUCUGGGAAGCCCGGAGCCAUGCAGUUCCCAUCACUGUGAAUCCCGAAUGCCGAGUCCUUCAGCUCCGCGUGCCGAGCGCUCCAGACGUGGAGAGCAACGCGUCUGAACCCAACGUACCCUCCACGGUCCCUGUGCUGGUGGGGAAGGAAGGGUUUGAGGCUGGGAAACACUACUGGGAGGUGGAGGUGGACCAGGAGCAAGACUGGGUUCUGGGGGUGGUGAGGGAGAAAAGAGGAGAGGAGGAGGAUGGGACCAUUCCUGGAGAGGACUACUGGGCUCUGCAUGGGUCCCAGGGAGAGAUUUUCUCCAGCGGAGGAGACCGCAGGGUUGGGAAGCAGCAGCAGAGCAACUCAGUCAUUGGUGUCCUUCUGGACCUGGAGGAAGGGCAAGUGGGCUUUUACGGAGCAGGACAGAUGGACAUUCUGGUGAGAAUGACUUUAAAGCUUGGAGAGGAGCUUCCAGGAACGUUUUAUCCAUUUCUAUCCAGAAGAGAUGGGACACGUUCGCCACUUAUCCACCCCGUCUUAAUCCCUGUCCCAUUAAAGUCUCUUCAGCCGUGAGACCGUGAGGUCUAACGGCUUGGAGAGAGAAUGGGAGAAGCGGGAA